CAUGUCCAGUACUUGACGAACCAGAGAGAGCCUCAACAUGAAACUACUGUGCAGUGUGCUAAUUCUGGCCAGCGUGGCCCUCCACAUCCAAGCCAAGCCGAGUUCAGUGCAAACGCAGCUGCAGGGCGCCCUGGAUAAAUAUCUGGUGCAAGCGAACAACUUGGAUAUGGUCUCCGCAGACGUGACCUCUCAGUGCUUUUCCCUGUAUCUGCCCAUGCUGAAUGAGGUGGCUGCCACGUUCUCCAGCUCGUACCAGACCUGCAUUAGCACAUUUAACGAGCAGCUGGCCAAUUUGACAGCACAAGCCCAAAAGGAUCAGGUCGUCUAUCAGCAGGAUGUGAGCGGCUUGUGCAGCGCCUUCACCAACUGCGACAACACCACCGGCAAUGACACCGCCAGCUUCUUCAACUGCUACGCGACUGCGGCCCAAGGUGAUGUCUCGGUGAUCUAUGACAUUGCCACCAAUGCCGCCAACACGGCCAACACUCUCGCCGAGGCCAUGAAGGCCAACCAGGACACGGAAUACCAGUGCACCAAUACCACCGAGAGCAACUAUGUGCGCGACACGGCUGCCACAUACGAUCUGCUCGACAGUUGCCUGAAGAACGGUGUGCCCACCACUUCGUCGGCUGCACCCUCCACCACCGUGGCGCCCCUGAGCACCCAGGGUGUCCAGAGUACUACCCAAAGUCCUGCUACAACUGUUGCUAACGUUGUUGCCAGCUCGCCCGCUGCUAGCUCAGCGGCUCCAGUUGUGAUUGCCUCGACGGCAGCCACUGUCUAAAUUCGGACUGCGUUCUGUUUGGCAGCCAAUCAACAAAUAUAUG